AUGACUACUCAGGCUGAUAAUGAAGAAGGCUCAAGUGAUUCAGAACAAGAUCAAUUCUGGAUAACAGGACCGAUCUUCAAAAGUUUCAAUGUGAAACGCAUUGAAAAUAUUGUUGAGCAGUGGUACAGCUUCGUCUCAAUUCAGUUGCAUCAGUUUUGAUUUCAGCGUUAACCUCGUUGAUCCGAAACUGUUUCGACUACCAGUUUUUGAAGCCCCGUGUAUCAAGUUCGCUAAGUUCUCGUUCAAAGAUAUCGACGACAAUCUGCCCUGGUGGACAACAGAGAAUGGUGAUUUCGUUACUUGA